AUGGCGCAAGACAUCGACAUGACGACGCCUGAGGACAAGGGCAAGGGUAAGGCCACCGACGGCCCUAAGGACGAUAAGCCUGUCAUCAACGGCAAGAAGGAGGAGGAAAAGCCCGAUGCUGGUGAGGAGCUAAGCGAGGAGGAUCAACAAUUAAAGAGCGAUUUGGAGAUGAUUGUUGAGCGACUGACGGAGCCCGAUACGUCCCUCUACAAGACCGCCCUCGAAACUAUGAAGACAACCAUCAAGACCUCUACUUCCUCCAUGACCGCCGUCCCCAAGCCCCUCAAGUUCCUCCGCCCCCAUUACGAAACUCUCACCAAGCUUUACGAUGAGUGGCCACAAGGCGAAGAUAAGACGUCGUUGGCGGAUGUCCUCUCAGUAAUUGGCAUGACCUUUUCCGAUGAAGAUAGGCAAGAUACCCUCAAGUACCGCCUUCUCGCACCUACUUCCGACAUUGGCUCCUGGGGCCACGAAUACGUGAGACACCUGGCUCUCGAGAUCGGUGAGGUUUACGGCAAGCGAUUCGCCAGCGAAGAGGAUACCGAUGACCUUGUUGAGCUUGCACUUCUCCUAGUGCCGCUUUUCCUUAAGAGUAACGCCGAGGCCGAUGCCGUCGAUCUUAUGAGCGAGCUCGAAAUCAUCGACAGGAUCCCCAAAUUCCUUGACAAGGAUACGUAUCCCAGGGUAUGCCUCUACAUGGUCAGCAUGGUCAACCUGCUGCCUUACCCCGAAAACGAGCUGUUCUUGAAGACGGCGCAUGAUAUCUAUACGCAAUACAACCAGUUCACGCAGGCCAUGGCUCUUGCUAUCCGCCUCAACGAUGUCGAGCUUAUCAAGGAAGGGUUCAGCCGAUGCAAGGAUCCGGCCGUGGAGAAGCAGCUUGCCUUCAUGAUUGGUCGCCAAAGGAUAGCCUUGGAUAUUGACGCCAACACUGCUGAGGAGCAGGAUGUGUUGGAGUGCUCUUCUAAUAUCAAAUUGUCUGAGCAUUUCAAGGCUCUUGGCAAGGAACUCAACAUUCUCGAGCCGAAAACGACGGAGGAUAUCUACAAGAGCCACCUGGAGAGCAGUCGAGUUGCGGGUAUGACUAACCUCGACUCCGUCAGGCACAAUCUUGCGGCGGCAUUCGUUAACGCCUUUGCGAAUGCGGGCUUUGGAAAGGACAAGAUGAUGUUGGUGGACGAGGACAAGGAGAGCUGGGUCUGGAAGACGAAGGGUGAUGGGCAGGUCUCCACAGUUGCGUCGAUGGGUAUGCUACUCUUGUGGGAUAUCGAGAACGGGCUUGACCGGAUCGACAAGUACACCUAUGCGCCCGAACCGGAGAUUGCGGCUGGAGCCAUGCUCGCGAUCGGCAUCAUGAACUCGGGUGUCCGGAUAGAUUCGGAGCCUGCGUUCGCGCUCCUUGGUGAUUCAGAGAAGCUGAACCACAAGGACCCCAUUAUGCGCACGGCUUGUAUUAUGGGUCUUGGCCUUUCCUACGCCGGAUCUAACAAGGAGGAUGUGCUCGAACUCCUCCUCCCUAUUAUCCAGGAUUCUCAAUCUAUGCAAAUAUCGGCUAUGGCUGCGCUCGCGUGCGGUCUGGUCUUCGUGGGAUCGUCCCACCCCGAUGUGACAGAAGCCAUUAUUACCACGCUCCUCGACGACGAUCGCAAGGACCAGCUCAACGACAAAUGGUCGCGCUUCCUCGCUCUCGGACUCGGCCUACUGUUCUUUGGACGGCAGGAGGAAGUCGACGUCAUUCUUGAGACACUCAAGGCUGUCGACCACCCUGUCGCGCGACCGACGGCAGUGAUGGCGGAGAUCUGUGCGUGGGCGGGUACUGGCGCGGUCCUUAAGAUCCAGGAGCUCUUGCACAUCUGCAACGAGGAAAUGAAGGAAUCCGAGGACCGCAAGGGCGAGGAGCUUCUCCAAGCGUAUGCCGUCCUCGGUAUCGCAUUGGUCGCCAUGGGUGAGGAUGUCGGACAGGAGAUGGUGCUCAGGCAGUUUGGCCACCUCAUGCACUACGGUGCUCCCAACAUCCGACGGGCUGUUCCCCUGGCUAUGGGAUUGGUCAGCCCCAGCAACCCCCAGAUGAAGGUUUACGACACGCUAUCAAGAUACAGCCACGACAACGACAGGGACGUGGCGGUCAACGCCAUCUUCGCGAUGGGUCUUCUCGGAGCGGGUACCAACAACGCCAGAUUGGCGCAGCUCCUCCGGCAGCUUGCGGGCUUCUACGCGCGGGAUCAAGAAGCUCUCUUCAUGGUCCGCAUCGCACAGGGCCUCCUGCACAUGGGCAAGGGCACGCUCUCCGUCAACCCCUUCCACACCGACAGGCAGAUCCUUUCCCGGGUUGCGACGGCGGGUCUCCUAGCCGUCCUCGUCGCCAUGAUCGACGCGUCCAAGUUCAUCACCCUCGACUCUCACUACCUGCUCUACUUUAUCGUCACGGCUAUGCACCCCCGCUUCCUCGUCACGCUCGACGAGGACCUGAAGCCGUUGAAGGUGAAUGUCCGGGUGGGUCAGGCCGUCGAUGUUGUGGGCCAGGCUGGUCGGCCCAAGACCAUUACUGGAUGGCAGACGCAGAGCACGCCUGUCGUCCUUGGUUAUGGUGAGAGGGCGGAGCUUGAGGAUGAGGAAUAUAUUACUCUCAAUAACACGCUCGAGGGUCUAGUCAUUUUGAAGAAGAAUCCCGAUUGGGAUGAUGGCAAAUAA